AUGACUCUCGCUGGACCAAGAGCGCCAGGACCCAAAUUCGGUCAAUCUGUCGCUCCCAACCUGAAUGUUCGACAUCUCUGCCCCAAUUGUCGGACUGAUCCUCCUAAUAUCAUAGAGGAGUAUUCCAAGGGUGAUCUGACUUUUGCGGGUGAUGAGAAUGGCGAUGAUCCCUCUCGAGUAGGAGACGCCGGAAACCCCCUUCUCGGUUCGAACCAUCUCGAUACAGUCAUAUCGCAUAAAGACGGUCGAUCAGGUAUAGCUCGUGAUCUCAAUCGUGCCGUACAAAGAGCCAACAACCUCUCAAAUGGUAUAAACGGUAAAACCAACACUGCAAUCCUAUCAGCUGUAUUCUCCCGAAUUGGUGAAAAAUGCGAUGCGAUGCAAUUACCCAGAGGUGUCAGAGAAAGAGCUCAACACGUCUAUAAAAUCGCAGAUGAGCAAAAAGCAAUUAAAGGUAAAAAUGAAAAUGCUUUAAUUGCUGCUUGUAUAAUCUACGCAUGUAGAGAUGCAGGUGCUCAUCGAACUUUUCAAGAAGUUUGUAAAGCCCUCAAGAUUUCGAAAAAGGAAUUAGGACAGGUAUUCAGUGUGAUUAAAAAUGCGGUUCAGGCUAGUGAUACAUUUCAAAGAUCCAAGACUGGAACGGGACAUGGUUUUUCAGAUGGUUCGAAUAAUGCUCAAGAAUCGACUGAAGCCCUAUUAGGAAGAUUCACCAACUAUUUGGAUCUUGGAAAUGCAGUUUUCAACGCUUCGAAACAUAUCGCCGCUGAAGCUACGGCCAAAUCGACCAUCGAUGGAAGAUCACCUGUGUCUAUCGCAGCUGGGGUUUUGUACUUUACUUGCGUGUUGUUGAGUAAGAAUGCUUCGGCAAAGGAUAUAGCUGGGAUGGGAGGGGUGUCCGAGUCUACCACCAAAUUGAUUUGUAAGAUGGUAGCUACCAAAUUAGACGAGGUGAUUCGACCAGAAUGGAAACCCGAGUACGCAGCAGGAUACGCUCAAUUAGCUCAACUAGGUCGAGUUAACGAUUCAGCUAGAAACUCAAGAUCCGGUACGCCAAGUAACGGCAAAUCAGGUAAAACUUCUACUCCCGCGCCCGCGCCUAACACCAAUGGGAACGGGAAUGGGAAUGGAGAGGUCAAAUCAUCUUCGACUUUGUCUCAGGAGGAUGCCAAGGUGGAUGGGGAUAGUAAAGCGAAUGGGAACGGGAAGACUUAG